UACCUUAAAGAUUUACUUUGUGAAUAUUAUUUUUUAAUAUUUAUAUCCUAUGUUGUUCCAUGAAAAGGAUUGAUUCUGGUUGAACAUCAAGUGGUUUACAUAUGUUUUCCCAUAGUAUUCAUUUAUAUCUUUAGAUAUCUAGUUCCCUACCUGUUGCUCUUUUAUUCUUUGUGGAAGUGAGAAAGGAAUUGUCUUUUCUUUAGGAUGAUUUCAGGAGUGGAAUAAGCAACUCUGAAACAAGGAUUAUGAAAUACAGUAGUUUUAGAGGAAUGGGUGAGAAACAAGAGUGGAACUCAAAUUAGUCAUUAGGCAGAUUUGCUGUUUAAAUGCUAAUGUGGAUUUUUAUUAAAUCUUAGAUUUUAAAAUCUUUUACUAGAGCCAAGAAUGGUGGCUCAUGCUAUAAUCCCAGCAUGCAGGAGGCUGAGGCAAGAGGACUGCAUUAGUUCUAGGCCAGCCUGGACUACGUAGUGUGUUCAAGGCCAGCCUGAACUAUGCAGUGACUACCUCUUUCAAAACAAAACAAAACUUUUACUAAAAAACAAGUUAGGUACUAUUCACAUACAAAAUUUAGUGGAUAGCCCUAAGUUGUAUUUAGAUUUUUAAAAAUUUGUUCUGAGCUAAAUUAAAUACAGCAUAAUUCUAAAUGAAUCUUAUAGUAGGUUAAUGAUAUUGAUCCAGUUAUCUUCUAAUCUUGUAAUAUUACCUUGGCCUGUUAGUCCCUGCUCUGCCCGCUGAGACAAGGUCAUACCCUCCCUCCCUAACCCAUUCUUCUCAGUCCCUUGAAACCCAUCACUUAUGUCUGUUCGUUCCAAAACGAUACCUCUAUGGCCAGAAAAGGCUUUCUUGUAUAGUGCCUGUGACUUUCCAGUUACAUUUCAUUGGCUCUGGUUUGGAUUUCAGGUACAACAGACAAGUUUCUUCCACUAGGCAAGAAAUAUUAGAAACUUGUUUACUCUCAGAGUCCUUACCUCCAGAUGUACUACCUGGCACACAGAAGAUACUCAGAAACACAUUUGUGGUACAGAUACAUUGGGACAGUCCUUCAAAUGUGUGAACACCACUACUAUCUAUCCACUUGGUCCCUCCUUCAAGUUUAAUAUCCUCCAGUUUAGCUAGCCCUCAUGAUAGAAUUUCUUGAUCCCUUUUCCUCUUUUUACCCCUCCCCAUUUCCUAGGUUCACAGUUUGCAUCAAUCAUGGUUAAAAUGUGUGGCCAGAUUUAUCGGCUGUUCUCCAGAAGUGGUCUAACUUGCAGUAAUUACAAAAGUGAACAUCGCUUUUCCUUUUCUCUAGUAAAUCUCUGGUUGCUUAUGUAUUUUUACACAAUUUUCAAGCCUGGUCUCUUUCAGGAGGUGCCUGUGCAACUGUUUCCUUUUAGAUUAGUGUCCCUUGGGAGUUAGUAAGGCUGCAGGUAUCCUCAUGUGCGUCAUGAGGAGGCCUACGGGCAAGCACUAUGAAAAGCCUCCUGCCAUGUGAGCAGCUAUCGCCUAACCCCAUGCUUUUCAGACUGCAGUAUGCCCACACAUUAAUUUGGGAACUUAGUUAUAAUGUAGAUCUAACUUACUAGGUUUGGGUGCCACCUUUCUAAGUUCUGUGUAAGGUUAUAUUGAUGCUGUAGGUUUCCCAGGUCAUACUUUGAGUAGUACAGUGUUUUUUGGGUAAAGUUUGUGAAUGCAGAUUCUUCAGUGUGUGAAUAACUGCUGUACCCAACAGAGCUCCCGCCAGCUGCGAUCUGCUGAUCACAUGCACAACUCUUCAUCUCCUGUCUCAGAAAGACCUACUGCAGCUGUAGGACCUGGUGACCUUUUAAAGAUGUGAAUUGGGCUGCAUAAAUGGUGGGAGAAACUGGAGAAAACAAUGAAGUAAAGGAAAAAUAUAUUUCCUGGCUUUAAUAGGAAAAAUCUGCUUUUUGAAAUUUACUGAAAAACUGCCCUUAGAAGCUGUUUCUUGCAUGCUUGUAAAAUAGCUGGCAUUUAUACUGUACGGCCUGUGGAUGGGACAAGCUGUCACCUGCUGAUCACCCAGAGUGGUUGUCAUCAUGGCCAGCAAGAGGAAAUCUACCACCCCAUGCAUGAUCCCAGUGAAGACUGUGGUGCUACAGAAUGCCAUUGUGGAGGCCCAACCUGCUGAGGCCUUGCCUGAAGGACCCCAGCAGGAUCUGCCCUCAGAAGCGCCUGCCACCACUAGUGAGGCAGCCCAGAACUCCAGCAACACUGAAGGUUCUGCUCUGGCAAAUGGACAUCGGAGCAUUUUGGAUGGCUGUUUAUACUCCUGUAAAGACUGUGAUUUCAGAUCCCAGGAUAUGACCCAAUUUGUGGGACAUAUGAACUCAGAGCACACAGACUUUAAUAAAGACCCAACUUUUGUAUGCACUGGGUGCAGUUUCUUGGCAAAAAACCCUGAAGACCUUUCCCUGCACAAUGCCAAGUGUCACUUGGGAGAAGCCAGCUUUGUAUGGAAUGUGGCCAAGCCAGACAAUCAUGUAGUGGUAGAGCAGAGUGUGCCUGAGAGCACCAGCACUCCUGACCUUGCAGGAGAGCCCAGCACUGAAGGAACUGAUGGACAGGCUGAAAUCAUCAUUACUAAGACCCCAAUCAUGAAGAUAAUGAAAGGCAAAGCCGAAGCCAAAAAAAUCCAUAUGCUCAAGGAGAAUGUCUCCAGUCAGCCUGGGGGUGAGGCCUUGUCAAAGCCAUCAGGUGGAGAGACAGAGGUGAAAGAGGGAAACCAUGCUUCUGUCAAUGGGGCAGCUCCUGUCAGCCAGACAUCUGCCAGCUCUGCAAAGCCUCCCCAUGGUGCCAAUGGGCCUCUGAUAGGAUCAGUGCCAGUUCUGCCAGCUGGCAUAGCACAAUUCCUCUCCCUCCAGCAGCAGCCCCCAGUGCAUGCCCAGCACCAUCCACACCAGCCCCUGCCCACAUCCAAGUCCCUUCCCAAAGUGAUGAUCCCCUUGAGCAGCAUCCCAACAUACAAUGCAGCCAUGGAUUCCAAUAGCUUCCUGAAGAACUCUUUCCACAAGUUCCCCUACCCAACCAAAGCUGAGCUCUGCUACCUAACUGUGGUGACCAAGUAUCCAGAAGAACAGCUUAAGAUCUGGUUCACAGCCCAGAGGCUGAAACAGGGUAUCAGCUGGUCCCCUGAGGAGAUCGAGGAUGCCCGGAAAAAGAUGUUCAACACAGUCAUCCAGUCUGUACCUCAGCCCACAAUCACAGUUCUAAACACACCUCUGGUUGCCAGUGCUGGCAAUGUCCAGCAUCUCAUUCAGGCCGCUCUCCCAGGCCAUGUUGUGGGACAGCCAGAGGGCACAGCAGGGGGACUCCUGGUCACUCAACCACUGAUGGCCAAUGGGUUGCAAGCACCAAAUUCAUCUCUGCCCCUGGCAGUCACAUCUAUCCCCAAGCAGCCUUCUGUGACACCUAUUAAUACUGUGUGUUCAAAUACAGCAUCAGCUGUGAAAGUGGUCAAUGCAGCCCAGUCACUCCUUACUGCAUGCCCCAGUAUAACUUCCCAAGCCUUUCUUGAUGCUAACAUGUACAAGAAUAAGAAGUCUCAUGAACAGCUGUCAGCUCUGAAAGGGAGCUUCUGUCGGAACCAGUUCCCAGGGCAGAGUGAAGUUGAGCAUCUGACCAAAGUGACUGGGCUUAGUACCAGAGAGGUGCGGAAAUGGUUCAGUGAUCGGAGAUACCACUGCCGGAACCUGAAGGGCUCCAGAGCCAUGAUGCCUGGAGAGCCUGGCUCCAUCCUCAUUGACUCUGUACCAGAGGUCCCCUUUCCCCCAUUGUCCAAGGCCUCGGAAGUGGCCUGUGUCCCAACAGUGGCCUCGCUAGCAAGCCACCCUACUGCUAAACGGCAAUCGUGGCCUCAGACUCUUGACUUCACUCCAACCAAAUACAAAGAAAGAGCCCCUGAGCAACUCCGUGUACUGGAGAGCAGCUUUGCACAAAACCCACUUCCUCUGGAUGAGGAACUGGACCGUCUGAGAAGUGAAACCAAGAUGACGCGGAGAGAAAUUGAUAGCUGGUUUUCAGAGAGACGGAAAAAAGUGAAUGCUGAGGAGACCAAGAAAGACGAUGAGAAUGCCUCUCAGGAAGAACAGGAAGCUGCUGAAGAUGAGGGUGGAGAAGGAGAGCUGGCCCAUGAGCUGAGGGUUGCUGCUGAAAAUGGCUCCCCAGAAAUGCCUAUUAACCAGACUUCAGCCGAGCGCAAAGUCAGCCCCAUCAAAAUUAACCUCAAGAACCUGCGGGUCACUGAAGCCAGUGGUAAGAAUGACCUUCCAAGCCUGGGUGUCUGUGAGCCUGAGGAUGAUGGGCUGAACAAGCUGGUAGAGCAACCCCCAGGCAAAAUGAGCUACAAAAAGACAGCCCAGCAGCGGCACUUGCUGCGGCAGCUCUUUGUCCAGACACAGUGGCCAAGCAACCAGGACUAUGACUCUAUAAUGGCCCAGACAGGUCUUCCACGGCCAGAGGUGGUGCGCUGGUUUGGGGACAGCAGGUAUGCCCUGAAGAAUGGCCAACUCAAGUGGUAUGAAGACUACAAGCAUGGCAACUUCCCGCCAGGGCUGCUGGUCAUCACCCCUGGCAACCGAGAACUGCUGCAAGACUAUUACAUGACGCACAAGAUGCUGUAUGAGGAGGACCUGCAGAACCUCUGUGACAAAACUCAGAUGAGCUCCCAGCAGGUCAAGCAGUGGUUUGCUGAGAAAAUGGGUGAGGAAACACGGGCUGUGGCAGACACAGGCAGCGAAGACCAGCACCCUGGUGCUGGAGAGCGUCUGGCAGUUCACAAAGGCCUGGGUGACACUUACCCAGAAGUGUCUGAAAAUAAUGAGUCGUGGGAACCCAGUGCCUCUGAGGCCAACUCGGAGCCCUUUGACACAUUGAAUUCCCAGACUGGACUUGAGCUAGAAACAGACUGAAUUUGACCCAGUUACCAUGAAGAACCGGCCAGUCUAGGACGCUGCCUGCCAUGUGGAAGAGCCAAAUCCACCUGUCUGCUGCCACAUAGGGUUGGCAUGGCCAGCCACUGGGCACCCAGAAGAGCCUCUGGAAGUCUCACUGAUAUCCUGGAGCCCAAUGCUGCCAUCUUCACCCUGGGCCUGCCACCAUGAAGCAAGUGGCAAGCAGGGGUCACCGUCGGUCCUUCCUCCAAAGUGUAGGGCCUUUCCUUUGCCUUCCAGGGAUACAAUAGUCCAGAUUUCAUAUUUGUAGACACAGAAUCAAGUUUUUAACAUAUACAUCUGCCUAUCUACAUUUAAUAAAACAGGUUACAAACACUUUCACUAUAUAGAAACUUUGGUUAGCAAAGGAAUAUACUGUUCACAUCAUCUCUGAAAAUGCUCCAUGUCUGUUCUCUGGAGAGUGCUGGCCAGUGCCCUCACCUUCCACAGGCAGCUGGAGGUUAAAGGCACACACAGAACUGUGUCCAGGCCACUAGACCUCUGCUGUGUCUUUCUGCAGGCAGCAGUAUUUUCAAGAGAUCUGUGCCUCCUUAGGCAGUGACCAGCCACAUUUCAUACCCAGCUUGCCUUGCAUUGUGAGCUCAUCAGAUCAGAAAAUGGCCCAGCUGAGAUUAAUGUCAGCUGCUCACCACUCUUAGGGUAAUUUUUUCAUGGGAGUGUGAAUCUUGGACCAUAACUUUUUGGUUAUUAGAUUAACUAGGGAAACAUUGAUUGUUAAGCUUAAUACGCUGACCUGUGUGCCCACUUAACGUCCCCCCGCUUUAACCUGGGUACUUUGGAGUGAGUGGAAAAUGGAAGGUGGCAGUGGGGGCAGUAUAGAAGUGGAAGGUGUCCCUGUGUCCUCUGGCGCUGGCCACGACUCAGAGACCUUCCUCCCCAUGUACUGCAGAGCCUCCUGCUGGUUGGGAGGGAAGAACACACACACUGGCCCAGUGGUGAGUAAGGGCUGAAGGGAUUCAGGACUGUUUGGAAUGGUCAGAGCUGGUAAUCUUAAACUGCAGUGGGGAGUCCUGGCAGAACACCCCGUGACCCAGUUACACACUAGGGCCUGGCCAGUGUGCUGGGUGCGUGCCCCAGUGGUGCUGGGCAUCACUGGACAGGUCCUCGUGAAGAUUUAUAUUGCUAAACUGGGAAACAAGAACUUAUUUCAUGACCUUUGAAUUGAGAAAAACCACAGGAAAAGGGGCCUUUUAAGUGGUGAAAAAUGUGCUUAGAGUUGUACUAAAUGGCAAUUCUAUUUCCCCAGUACUGGCCACUCAGAGCUAAGGACCUGUUACCUCUGGUGUCAGCUCUUAGGAACAUCCUGCUUCCCACAGUACCACACCAGGUACAAGGACCUCAUGGGCUCGCUCACAGACCUGGGCAGGGUGGAGCACCUCGAGGCACAGUGUGUGUACUAGGCACUGUUCCUCCUUUCCCUACCAGAGAACUGGAACAGCUGGGCCACCGGGCUGGCGUGGCUUCCAGGACGAGCUUGGUGGCAGCACCUUCUGCUUUCCAGGAGGGAGCUUUCUUUGGAGAGCAAAGCCCUUGAACCACUGUUCUAAAGUCUCUUUUCUUGCCCUCCACGUCCCAAUAGGGACCACCUCUUAUUUGUCUCAAAUUGGGAACUUGUGAGUACUUGGCAAGUUUUGCAGCCUAUUUUUGUAUUCUUUCCAUUUGGGGAUUGAAGCUAUUUGGUUCCAAAAGCCUUUGAGGAAUUGCCAAGAUUGGAGACUGAGUGCCUUCCUUCAGAGAACAGACACCUAGAACUUUUCCUUUAGUAUUUAUGUACAUGCAGUCUAAUUUGUGUAUCUACAUAUAUGCAGUAGAAAUGCUCACUUGAUAAUUUGUUAAAUGUACAUAUGAUAUGUGCCCUUGAGGAACUUCAUGGCAUGUGGGUAUUGGGGGAAGUGGCCAGUGUGACAGGGAAAGUCAGUUCCUUGCACAGCUUUGGUGGCCUAGCACAAAGCCAUCUGCAAGAAUCUGAGAAGCUGACCAGUGUCUCACCCCCAGAUUCUUGCUGAUGUCACCUCCAGAAUCUUGCAUGUACUGGCCAAAUAGUGUCAAUUGAGAUGGUUUUCUUGGUUAUUUGUAUUGAACUUUAAAACCCAAAGACCAAAACAGAAAAAAUAAGUCACAUGGUGGACAAGUUUAUACAGGACAUAGAGUGCCCCAGCCUCAGGCACCAGGUUGUCUUUUAGAUGGAAGUUAUAAUGAUGUCAAUCCCAGCAAGUUUUUCUCAAAUGUUGGCCCUGCUCAGCGGUGAGGGCCAUGCCACAAAUGGCCCAGAUAAGCCCAGCAGACUGGGCUGACACUGCUUCUUCCUGUGCUUAGAUGGUAGUGAUAAGGUAUGAUUUAAACCUUACAUUGAAAAAAGUAAGAUUAUCAAAGGUGACACUAAAAGAAGUGGUCAUUGAGUAAGGACUCAGGGCUUUGAGUGCCAAUCUCUGAAUGCAGUGUGUCAGGCAGAGACGUGCCUUCAUGAGCCCUCAGGUCAGAAACACGCAGUUGCAGUGGAAUGACAACAGCCAGGUCUGUGGCUCGUCACAGUACACACUGCUAAGGGGUUAAGUUAGGUGCCGUUAUGUUCACUAGAAAGCUGUCUUUGGGCUGAAGAUGGGGGGAUGGUUCAUCUUACAAAGAAAAAGCCUAUUUUAUAAGGUGACAAGUAUUUUCCCUUUUCUGUAUAUGCCCAACUUAUAUUUCUUGUUGCUUAUUGUACCAGUUUGAUUUAAUUUUUUAUAGGGUUACAUAUAUUUAGUUCUAACAGGUGAAACCAGAUCUCUCUCUCUCUCUCUCAACAGGGUCUUGCUAUGGGGUUCAGACUGGCCUCGAACUUACAGUGAUCUUACCACUUAUCCAGGUCACUUUCUGAUAAAGGAAAUUUGGAAUCAUGAUACAUAAAUGCAUAUUUUGAUUACUUGCUUUAAUUUUUGACUGUAGAGGACCUUUUUCAUUUUGGGAAGAAAAUUAUUUUCAAAGCUUGGUUCCUGAAAAAGAAUGCCCUAGUUUGAUAGCUCACCACCACCUUGAGAUUUUGGCCUUAGAGCUUUCUCUCUGCAGUGACCCAGCUGUCUAGGUGGACCAAAGCAGCUCAGCCCAAGGCCCACAGCUCAUUCUCUGGAAGCAAAAGGGGAGUUAGUGGGAGUGCUGGGUGGUGCCUUGUCGGCUCCCUCCCGCCUGCGCUCAGUCUUGCUCCCACAAGGAAGCUCCUGUGUGUUCUCCGGGCUGAGCUGUGGCUCCUGUGGGUUUCAUCUGGUUUGGUCCUUACCCCAGCCUUGCUUUUCUGGCUCUAGGACACCUGUCCCAAAGCUGCUUCCAUGGAGAGUGGGAGGCAGCUUUUCUGGCUGGGUGCUCAGAUUUCUAUGCACAUUCUUUUCCCUCUGCUUCUUUCUUAUGCUGUUCCUGUGUUGGACCCUGCUGCUCCUGUUUUUGUAGUCUUUGUGGGUUAAAGCCCCUGGAUUGAAGCAUUUCUUGUUAGCUCAAACAUCACAGCCCAAGUGGAUAGAGGCACUUUCCAGGAGAAUCCAAGAAAACCUUAACUUUAAAAGUUGGAGUUUAGGCUUUACCUCCCACCUCACUUCCUUAGCUGAUACCCUGGGAAGCUUGCUGGAUUCAGCACAGUUCAUGUACUUUGUAUUUUUGGUCGUUUUGAGGCAGGGUCUUACUAUGCAGCUCAGGCUGGCUUUGGCCUCACUUUGUAGCUCAGGCUGGUCUUGAACUUCCAACGAGCCUCCUGUAUCAGCCUCCCAAGUGCUGGAAUUACAGGAGUAUGCCACUAUACCUGGCUGUUUAUGUACUUCUAAGUUUAAAUUUUUCAUGUAUCACAUCUAUCUGUAAGGCUGUUGCAUGCUGGUGAAGGGAAGCCCUUGACACAUUUAGAUCAGCAUAGCCAGUGCAUCCUGGCCAAAGCCAGCAGCCUCCCUAGGUCAGGGCCUGGUUCUUCUGACCCUAGUUGUGGAGAUCCCUCUCUAAGAGCAUAUUGAGCCAGCCUUUUUCUCCCACUUUCCCUGAGAAACAGGCCUCCCCAGCCCUCUGGAGCUGUCUUCAUGUGCAUGGAGAGCACAGAGUUCAAAGGACUCUGAUGUAAAGCCAGCAGGCAGUGGUGGUGUUCAAGUCUUUCUCGGAGUUCAAGUCCCUUCCCUAAGUAAAGCUUCAAACCAAGAUACUGUGCGGCUUGUGGCUCAUGCAAGCAGGCAGGGUCACACUGAACCAGGAAAGCCCAGGACUUUACAAAGCUAUGGGGACCUCGUGAAAAGACCAGUUUUGGUUUUAUCUGAGUGACUGGAUGGAAGUGGUGCACACAGUGCUGCCUGGCUUGCUAACCUACCCCAACUUGGAAGUCCAGUGGGGUUAGCAGACCUCAGAUUAAAACAAUUUCCGCUGCAGCCUGUGUUCCCAGUGGCCAGGAACCCUGUUUGGGGAGAGGGGUAGCAAACCCAUGCAUUCUCAGAGCUGACCCUGCAUUUGCAUUUGGCGCUUGUUUUUAAUAGAGAAUGUGGCCCUAGAAAGGAUAGAGAGCCUGCUUUGGGGUCUUUCGUCUUGAAUUCACUUGUUUACAACAGCCAGCCAUUCUAUCCUGCCUGCUCUGAAAAGAAUCUAGUUCUUUACUAGACUGGAACAAUGACACAGAAAAGUUGUUCUUACCGCAGGCUCUGUCCUGAAGUCGGGGGCAUGGACAGAAACCUAGAGGCUAGUGAUGAGACUAGGCUGACUCUGCCUGCCCCAUGGAUGACAGCAGGGGGCUAGUAGCUGCUUCUUUGUUGUUUAAGUUGUACUUCGGUGCACUAGACUUGGGGAGCUAGAGUGUAUUGGCUUUAUCCUCCUUUCCCUGAGCAGCCUGGUCCUUGAUGCUGCUUGACAGGAGUCUGGCAGAGCCUAGAAAGGAACAGAGAAAGCCACUGUUCCAGCAGGGACUGGCUGGCAUCUUUCUGCUGGCCCUGAGGGUGGGUGGUGAGGUGGCAAGUCAGAAUACCUGAGAGGGAUCUGUGUGCUUAUCACCUGCUCUUUGCUGCGUCAGCAUGGGGCAGGGGGAAUGCACAUCUUGUACACAUAGAUGGGCAUCUACAUGUGUUAAUCAGUAGCUUUUUUUGGUUAAUGCUUUUAAACUUGUGUUCCCUUCCGUGUCAAAUGGGUGAUUUAGAAUUAUUCAGUGACUAGAAUCAAAGGUAAACUGUCCAGGAUAAAAGCUGCUCACUGAGCAUAGAAAACCAUGUGCUAGGUCUUUUCUGAAUGUCAACCCCAUAGUAGUACUACAAAGAGGGUAACAAAAUUAGUCAACAUGGUGCCUAAAACCCCAUUUGUUUUUAACACAUUCCCACCUUGAACCACCAAUGGUUCAUGCAUGAUGUCCCAACCAGGCAGCUUGUACCACUCAGUGGGACUGUCCCAUGCUAUCCAAUGGGACAGCCAUGCACAUAGCACCAGUGGUUCAGAGCUGCCCAAAAGACAUAUGAAUUAUGACCCCAUUAUGAGAGAGGGUUCGUGCCCCCAAAACGCUCUCUUGCAGUUUGCCUGAUAGACUGGAGCCAAUGUGAGAUUGCUGGCUAGAGCAAGAAUGGUAACACCCUCCUCAUGGGGCACCAGCUUGUCAGUCAGGUCAGAGCCUAGGAAUCUGGGCGAGGGCCAGGAGCAGUGGACACCCUUGGGCAGUAAGCUCCCACUGUGCUCCGAGAAGCUGCUUUGUUCAGCAGUGUCAGAAGGGUGUCAGGAGGGCCAGACUGUGCCAUAAUUGUUAUCAAAAAGAAAAACAUGCCAACUUUCCUCUCCCUUGCUGUGUAUUGUACAUUGAGUUUACAGUCAUAACCUUUGAGGGAAGUUAGGGAGGUUGCCAAGGGCUUGCAGAUGACCUUCUGACAAAGUCCUAACUCCUAGUCCUGGAGCACCCAUGUGUUCCGAUCUUUGAUGCAAACCCCUUUGUUCCCUGUGGGCCAGACUGCUAUGAACUGCAAGGGGGAAUGGCGUGAGCAGUUUGUUUCUGGUGCACUUCCUGUCUUUGGGGACAGUUGAAGUAGUAGUCAUCCUGGUGCUAAGUGAAGGCCAACUGUCCUGUUACAUAUACUUAAACUUCAGCCAAACUGUACAAGGGUCCCACCUCCUACUGUGACCAAGUGUGAGACCAAACAAAAUGGCACACACUUGUCGUUUAGGUGUGGGAUGGGAGUUUUUUGCCCAGUGGAUGGUGAAUGUUUAAACAGAAAGGUGGUGCUUUCCUUUGGUGUAGACUGUGGUUAUGCGGGGGUAGGAGGUGGAAGAGGGAGGUGGAGGGUUGGCCUCUUUGGGCUGAAUCUUCAGGCCUCACAAGGUCCCCUGUGGGGAUGCUGCUAUUUCUAAGAUGCAAAUUGCACACUUCUAGAUUUUGUAUCUGUGGAUUUGAGAAGGGGAGGGGAAAAGGGACAAAUGCUUGUACAGUCUGAAAUGGACCUUGAUGGUACUUCAAAUCUUUUGAUUGUUCUUAAAUAAAAAUGUACAUACGUUUCA